ACCUUGUCAGUCUUGUGCCUCCGCUGUGAGCGGUAACACCAUCUUGUGCUUCAACCCAUCCACUCUUGCCCAUCUUCUCAAGACACCUUCCCCCUCUCGUUGAACGCAUCUUUUUCACAUAUCUUCAUCUUCUACCUGUAUAAACAUCCCACUCACUUCUACACAAGAUCUGUACCCGUCUCUGUGCGUAUCUUAAAUGUAAACAUUCCCUACCUCGGCACGCAUGCCGUACAACCACAUGUUCACCUGUACACAUCUUUUUGUACUAGUUUCGUACCUCUUUGUGUACGCAUUUUUGUCGAACACGCUCUUUUAGUGGUUGGAUAAAUCUUCCCGCUAGAGGUAACUGCUGUCGUCUACGUCACUACAACUGUCAAAUGGCGGAGACGAGUUUGAACACUGUUGGUCCCGAUCUGCUGUCAUUGAUGCUGGAAAAGGAAGUGGAGGAGCCUGGGGGAUGGAACUUGACCCAGGUGGCCAAUGCGACCCUCGCCGUGCGGGAGCCCUGGAAAGACACACUUGACUUUGUCACCACCAUCAUUCUCACGACUAACACCGUCACUCUCAUGCUCGGCAUGGGGUCUGCUAUUUACUGGGUUGAGAUAUGGUCCCACGUGCGUCGACCAGUGGGAGCAGCGAUCGGGAUGUUGGGUCAGUUCGUGGUGCUGCCGUUAACGGGGUUCGUACUCUCCUUACUCUUCAAGUUGAGACCUUACGAAGCCCUGGGCGUCCUCAUGAUCUCCUGCAGCCCCGGAGGAUCAUUCUCUAACUUCUUCACCUUCUGGGCUGACGGAGACUUGGCACUCAGCAUCAUGAUGACGGCUUGCUCCUCCAUCAUGGCCUUCGGCGGGAUGCCCUUCAACCUCUGGCUGUAUUCUCACCCGUGGCUGGAUGGUGGCAACGAGGACAUCUACGUCCCCUUCGGUAGCAUCAUGAUCUCCCUGGCCUUCAUCACGGGCCCCGUCAUCGUCGGCAUGAUCAUCAGGCACUACCAUGUGAAGACCGCCAACAUCAUCACUAAGGUGGCCAGCGUGGCGGGGUGGCUGGGGGCGGCAACCGUGCUAGUCAUCUGGUUGAUUCUCUACUGGAACAUGUUCGUCAUCGCCACCACCUUAAUCUACGCCGUCGCCUUCAUCCUCCCCGUUAUUGGCUUCAUACUCGCCUAUAUCCUCGCUAAACUCACCUGUCGGAGUAAUAAAAUGGCCCGCACCAUCGCUAUAGAAACUAGUAGUCAAAACAUACCAGUUGCCCUCAGCGUCAUCGCCCUCUCCUUUCCCCAGCCCCUGGUGAAGGGACAGAUUCUCAUCUUCCCUACAUUGUACGGCAUCAUCCUCCUGUUAGAGGCGUUCUUUGGCAUAAUGGGCUACCAGUUGUAUAAGAGGAGGUGCUCCAGCCCGAGCGACGACACCAGCACGGCAAACGUCGAGGAAGGCCCCCAAGGAGUGAAGGAAACCUCUGAACACAUGUUGGAUAAUUGUAAAUAGAAGAAAAUAACUGAAAACAACUCGAGCAGCCCAAAUUAAAGUAGGAAUGUUAUAAAGUCAGAAAUAUAAAGUUACCAGAUCGAAUAGUGGGAUUAAUAUCUGACGAAGAAAACCCCCUGAAUCCUGAACCCCCAAAAGAAUAAACCCAUCAAAAGAAGCUGGUGUUUAAUCAUUCAGGUGUUGGGUUUGGGAUUUAUAUGGGCUAAACGGAUCUUAAUCGAGGAUUUUCGCAAUUUUGUUUAAUACUAUUGUAUAACUUAAAUAUUCUUAUAAACAUUUUGACCUAUAUUUUAAGGAAAUCGGACAACUCUUAAAUGUUUUCAAAUUCGCCAACAACUGCGAAUGAAAAACAAAAUGAAAUCAAAAUAAUUAAAUACAAGUCAUUGGAAAGUAUAAAGUCAUAUAAUUAAAAGGGAUAUUGUUAAGAAUUUGACGCUCCAUUUUGGCAAGAACAUUAAAGUUUAAGCAGGCGAUGAGUCACAACGUGGCUAAAGUAUGAUGACCAGACCACACACUAGAAGGUGAAGGGACGACGACGUUUCGGUCCGUCCUGGACCAUUCUCAAGUCGAAGGUCCAGGACGGACCGAAACGUCGUCGUCCCUUCACCUUCUAGUGUGUGGUCUGGUCAAAUUAAAGUUUAAUAAGUGCAGUGUGAGGUGUUACCUCCACAACUCCGGUAGUUCCCUCCGACCUUGACGACUCUCCCACUACACACACACACCAACAACCAUUGCAGAGCCACUUUUAUAAAUAUUUGCUAAAAUUUAUUAAAUUAUAAUUUUUUAACGCAAAACUCAUGAUUUUCUGUAAUAAUUAGGACACAACAGUGUUAAUAAAAGUGGAAAUAAA